AUGUUCUCCCUGACUCAUGAAUUUGUCGUUCCCACCAUCCAAAAGUUCAAACCCGUCGUUGCACUUUUUCACUCUCCCUCUUCGUGUUCCAUAGCUGAACCCGCCAACUUCGCCACCGUCCUACAAGGCAACCUUCCGUAUUCUUACCUUCUCCAAAUCCACGCACGCAUUUUUCAAAUUGGUGCACACCAGGACAACCUCGUUGCCACGCGCCUCAUUGGGCACUACCCAUCACGCAUUGCUCUUCGCGUCUUUAGCCAUCUCCAAAAUCCAAACAUCUUCCCUUUCAAUGCCAUGAUCAGAGUCCUCGCCCAAGAGGGCCACUUUUUUCACGCUGUUUCCGUGUUCAACGAUUUGAAACGGCGUCCACUUUCGCCCAACGACUUAACCUUCUCUUUUCUCCUUAAGGGCUGCUUUCGGUCCAAAGAUGCCCGUUCCGUGGAACAGAUUCAUGCCCACAUUCAGAAGACGGGUUUCCUCUCUGACUCUUUUGUUUGCAAUGGCUUGGUUUCUGUGUAUGCCAAAGGCUGUAACCAUUUGGUAUCAGCCCGAAAGUUGUUUGAUGAAAUUCCUGACAAAAGGGUAGUCUGCUGUUGGACUAGCUUGAUCGCUGGUUUUGCUCAGUCUGGUCGGAGUGAGGAGGUUUUGCAGCUUUUCCAUGUGAUGAUUAGACAGAACUUGCUUCCCCAAAGUGAUACUAUGGUCAGUGUUUUAUCAGCCUGUUCUAGCCUUGAGAUGCCAAAAAUUGAGAAGUGGAUUAACAUUCUUUCAGAAUUGAUUGGUGAUGGAGAGAGUACUAGAGAAACUUGCUGUGAUUCAGUUAACACAGUGCUAAUUUAUUUGUUCGGUAAAUGGGGGAAGAUUGGGAAAAGUAGAGAAGGGUUUGACCGAAUUUCUGCAGCAGGAAAAAGAAGCGUGGUUCCUUGGAAUGCUAUGAUAAAUGUGUAUGUUAAAAAUGGUUGUCCUGUGGAGGGUUUAAGUCUUUUCCGGAUGAUGAUAGAAAAACUCACCACUACACCUAACCAUAUUACAAUGGUUAGUGUACUUUCAGCCUGUGCUCAAAUUGGUGAUUUGAGUUUUGGAAGUUGGGUUCACGAGUACCUAAUAUCUCUAGGACAUAAAGGCACCAUUGGGUUAAAUCAAAUUCUCGCCACAUCUUUAAUUGACAUGUACUCAAAAUGUGGCAAUAUGAAUAAGGCAAAGGAAGUUUUUGAGCAUACAGUCAGCAAAGAUGUGGUCUUAUUCAAUGCGAUGGUCAUGGGUCUUGCAGUAUAUGGUGAAGGAGAGGAUGCAUUGAGACUCUUCUACAGAAUGCCAGAAUUUGGCUUACAACCCAAUGCUGGAACGUUUCUUGGUGCUUUAAGUGCAUGCAGCCACUCUGGAUUGUUGGCAAGUGGACGCCAGAUAUUCACAGAACUGACCCUUUCCCCUACUCUUACAUUGGAGCAUUGUGCUUGUUAUGUUGAUCUCCUUGCAAGAGUAGGAUGUAUAGAAGAAGCUAUAAAGGUUGUGAUUACCAUGCCUUUCAAACCUAACAAUUUUGUCUGGGGUGCUUUGCUUGGAGGCUGCUUGCUCCAUUCUAGAGUUGAGUUGGCUCAAGAGGUUGCCAGGAGGCUUGUCGAAGUAGACCCAGAUAGUUCUGCAGGGUAUGUUAUGUUGGCUAAUGCACUUGCAUCUGAUAAUCAAUGGAGUGAUGUCUCGGAGCUGCGGCUAGAAAUGAAAGAAAAGGGGAUCAAGAAGCAACCAGGAAGUAGUUGGAUUGUGGUAGAUGGAGUUGUACAUGAGUUUCUUGUUGGCUGUUUGUCACAUCCUAAAAUUGAAAGCAUAUAUCAUACGUUGGCUGGAUUGGUGAACCAUAUAAAAGUAGCAAGCCAUUACCAGCUUGUGUGCUGUUUUUAG